GCCCUGAAGCAGUAUGUGCGGUCGACACUCGGCUUUCCCGUUUGCAUGCAGCAGCUCAUGCACGAUGGACGUCUGUUGGACGAUUCGUUCGAGCUAGCUGCAGCGAUGGAUUUGCAGCUGAUCCUGAUGCCUAUCAGCAGCUCCCAGCAUCAAAGGGAAGCGGAGAACGAGCUCGCCUUUGCUGCCUUACAUGGGAAUGUUGACGUGGUCCGAUUUCUGCUGGAAGCGGGCUGUCCACACAAAGCCAACCUUGCACUGCUGCGAGCAUCUGAAGAGGGCCAUGCAGAGAUCGCAGAACUGUUACUUCAAGCGGUCACUGUAAAAAAAGAGAAGGGCAGCUUUUGCAACGGAGCUCUCUUAGCAGCUUCUGACAGGGGCCAUGCAGAGAUUGUACGCUUGCUGCUGCAGUUUCGCGCUGACAGUGCUGUGACAGAUCACUUCCGCAGAACCCCUCUUUUCCGUGCAGCUGAGAAGGGCCACGUUGACGUGGUCCGCCUGCUGCUUGAAGCCGGAGUGAACGCGGAUGCAGAUGACAUUUGUUCCAGAACAGCUCUCGUUCAGGCAUCGGCACAGGGCCAGGUAGACGUCGUACAGUUGCUACUGGAAGUGGGUGCCCAUAAAGCGCGUGAGCUAUCCCUCCUUUGUGCGUCUGAGAACGGCCACGUUGACAUAGUUCGCCUGCUCUUGCAAGCUGGUGUCGACUAUGAUCAGAAAGACAAGUACUCCAAAACAGCCAUACUGCGUGCGGCUGAGAAUGGCCACAAGCAGACUGUGGCUUUGCUGCUGGAAGCUGGCGCCAACAGUUCGGGAAGCAUUGAUUGUGCAGCGAGACACGGGCACUUUGAUAUUGUGCUUUUGUUGCUGGAAGCUGGUGCCGUCGCAGACCGGGAAGAUACGUUUCUUCGUGCCGCUGAGAGCGGCCACGUUGAAACCGUUCGUUGGCUUCUGGAGGCCGGCGUGGACAAGAACCUGCAAGAUAAAGGUGGAGCCACGGCCUUGAUCCGCUGCGCGGAGCGAGGCAGAGCUGAGGUGGCACGGUUGCUGCUGCGGGCUCGCGCUUACAUCGACGUACAGGAUGCCGCCUCCAGCACCGCUCUCCUUCGUGCAUCUAUGAGAGGCCAUGCUGAGGUCGUCCAGGUGCUCUUGGAG